AUGUGUGAACAGAAAUAUAAAUUCUUUAAACCAGAGCCUCGACUUUAUGAGUUUGAAUUGGGUGAAGAACUGGAAAAGAAGUGGAAAGAUGGAAUAGAAAAAAAAGUUCCGAUGUUUUUAGCAUCUAAUAAUACAGACGUAAACACCGUUGUUUUUGAAUUGGAACGAAAUUACGAAACGGAAAAAGCUUUAUACUACUUUCAAUUGUCAAAAUAUCCAAAAAAUAUUGAGGAAAUGAAAAUUGCUCGUUAUUUCUUUCAAUUGCUGUUUAACUGUUCUUUCCAUGUUUUUAAAAUUCGUCAUGUUAUAAUUAAUCAGCAAAUGAUUGAAAUAUUAUUUGCUAAUGAAAUUGCAAGAAAUGUGCCAUUACAAAUUCAUUCGCAAGGAACUUUUCUACAUACUUACGAGCGUUUUUUUGUAGAAUUUAUGUGGAAUCAUUUGGUAACUAAUCAUUUUUUCAUUGUAUUUAACGAGAGCUUUGAUUUGGAACAAAAUAUUGACAUUAUAUUUAAAAUUUUGACGUGUGGUGGAGACAAAUUCAUUGAAGUUUCUUUUGAAUAUCUUAACUCAAAUCUUUACAAUAUUAUUAUCGAGGUCUGUGCAUUUUUAGAAAUCGAGGGUCCUCUUAGUAAUGGCAGUCUAUUUUCAAUAAGUUAUUAG